AGCGAGGGGGGGGGGGUGGAUAGCGCGGAGGAGACCCGGCGGAUACCAGGUUGUCAUGGAGUCGUGGGGCCCGGCUCGCGCAUGCGCCCGCUGACCGGCCGGGCUGGUGGUUUGGAGCGGCGACCCUGGCCCUAGAGCAGUCCACAUGCAAAGACUGUCUGUGACCCAGCUUCCAGCCCGCUGAAACAUGGAGAGGAAAAUGCCGUCCCGAGAGAGCCCUCGAAGACUCUCUGCCAAGCCAGGCCGAGGCCCAGAGAAUAAAAGAGUCACUCGGCCGCUCGGUGUGGUGGCUGCCGACUCAGACAAGGACUCCGGCUUUUCAGAUGGGAGCUCAGAAUGCUUGAGCUCCGCAGAGCAGAUGGAGUCAGAGGACACGCUGAGUGCCUUGGGCUGGAGCCGGGAGGCCAGGCCGAGGCCAAGCUCCAAAGCUGCAGACAGUGCCUUCCCUGCACUGUCCUCUAUGGUGGUCAUGAAGAACGUGCUGGUCAAGCAGGGCAGCAGUUCAUCCCAGCUCCAGUCCUGGACUGUCCGGCCCUCCUUUGAGCUGAUCUCAGCACAGCCACAGCUCUUCGUCCUUCAUCCUCCGGUGCCGUCUCCUGUCAGCCCGUGCCAGACUGGUGAGAAAAAGUCAGACUCCAGAAACUACUUGCCCAUUCUAAACUCUUACACCAAAAUAGCCCCCCACCCAGGCAAACGGAGCCUUUCCCUCAGCUCCGAAGAACGAGGAGCAGGUGGGAUACCGAAGAAAAUCUGCCCCGAGAGACUGGGGCCAGGUCUGUCUUCCAGCGAGCCAGCCAAGCCUGGCCCUGCGCUCUCCAGUCCUUCCGCCCCAGCCCCCGCCAGCUCCAAGCUCACCGAGGACCCGGCUCUGCAGGGAGUGCCCUCCCUGGGGGCUGGCGGGAGUCCACAGACCCUUCAGCCGGUGUCCAGCAGUCACGUGGCUAAAGCCCCCAGUCUGACCUUUGCCUCGCCCGCCAGUCCGGUGUGCGCGUCCGACAGCACCCUGCACGGCUUGGAGAGCAGCUCCCCUCUCAGCCCGCUGACAGCCAGCUACAGCUCGCCGCCGCCGCUCUGGGCCGCCGAGCACCUCUGCCGCAGCCCAGACAUCUUUGCGGAGCAGAGGCAGAGCAAGCACAGGCGCUUCCAGAACACCCUAGUGGUCCUCCACAAGUCCGGUCUGCUGGAGAUCACCCUCAAAACCAAGGAGCUGAUUCGUCAGAACCAAGCAACCCAGGUGGAACUAGACCAGCUGAAGGAGCAAACCCGGAUGUUUAUAGAGGCCACCAAGAGCAGGGCACCUCAGGCGUGGGCCAAGUUGCAGGCAUCACUAACGUCUGGGUCCAGUCAUUCAGGCAGUGACCUAGAUGCAUUGUCUGAUCACCCAGACAUAUAGCACAGAGGCGUUCCUCAGUUAUUUGAGUGGUUCUCUCAACUCUUUUGCUAUUACUACCUACAUUUGGUCUCCACAGCCUGUUUAAGAGCUUUUCUUUCUAAACUCACUCACAAAGCCACGUGCCAGGCCCUGGCUGCCGCCUUAAUCUGUGGUUUAUGCACAGGUUAAGUGUGUUUGUGUUCCUCGGAGGACCUUCAGUUGGGAGUAUCUGUGAGUCCCUUUUCCUUAGCCUGCAGGAAAGAUGACUGUGUGGGUCUCUUCCCCCUCACUAUCCAUGAUCCAAGGCCCAGUGAUAUGGAUGGGCGCACACUUGUCAAACCAAGGAGUGGGUGACCUAAAGAGCCUUCUUGGCCCUCCCUCAAGUAUUUAGUCACAGCGAAAAAGAAGAGACUGUGUUUGUAUUCUACCAGGCAUCAUGCCAGUUGGGCGAAACCUAAAAUGCUUUGGGCACAGGUUGUGCCUGGGUGCAAGCAUUUAAUCACGUAAGGCUUUGAGUCGUAUACUUGAAAGUUAAGGGAGAAAGGGCAGAGCCAUCUGACUCACUGAUCACACACCAGAUCUCACACAAGUGGGCAAAUACUUCAGAUUUUUAAAGUAUAGACUUGGGUUUAGUACCAUCUGGAAUUGUAGUUGAUGAAUUGCUUUUUUGAUUAAAGGGUCAGAGAAGCCAGCAUUUUUUGUCACUAGCUGGAAAGUUUUGUUAAUUCAUGCUUGAAAUAGCACAACCUGUCUUAUAUCUAAAAAGCCCGAGACAGGACUGCAAGAUGAGUGAGUACGUGCUUGCUGCCAAGCCAGAUGACCUGAAUUCGAUCACUGAACCCACACAGUGGAAGGAGAGAACAGACACUGCAGUUGGUCCAUCCUGUGUGUGUGCGCGCGCGCGCGCGCGCACACACACACACACACACACGAUACAUAAAUGAAUAUAAGAUUAAAAACAAGCCACCAUCAACAUUAAAACAAUCAAAAGCUUGAGAUGGCUUUGGUGGGUCCUCAGAGUCUGGCCUAAGUUUUCACUGCUGUCUCUGGUCUGUACCUCACCCAGCUGAUGUAGGAGGGAAGAGACUGUGCUUAGACCUUUUGAAUUAAGGAAAACCCUGAGGUUAGAACAAGGCCACGGAGUCAGGAAGGCUCCUUCCCUGUUCACGUCUGAGUUCUCACCCAUCCCCUGUGGUGAUGGGGAGCCACUGUGGAGGUCUUGUGUCUUAUGUUAGAUGUGGCAGGAGAGCAGAGGUGUGGUGUCCCUCCCAGGGGCUGGCCUUAGGACGGAGAAUGUGAGACACAUUCUUUUUAGCUUCCCUGUGCUGGUAACUAAAAUCUAAACAGUAAAGACUCAAAGGGUUGUAUCCGCUUGUUUACAAUCUUCAUCCUCCUGAAAAGCUUUGUUUUUCACAAAUUAACUUGCUUUCAUGACCAGCAUCUUCCUGCAGAGAGAAUGCUCAUGGGCUUUACUAGGUCCAGAGUUAAGGGUCACAUCUGUUAGGGAGUUGGUUGUAAUUCUAACAUAGUUUAAAAAUUGUAAGACUCAGGUUGACUCUACUGUGUUCAUGAAGACAUACGAUUUGGAUAUGACUGGUUGAAAAGAUAAUCAGCUUGGUAAAAAUCUCUCUACUCUCUGGUCAACACAGAAUUAUUACCUGCUGUUUGCUUCCUGAAAGAGUCCCCCAAUGAGAGCCAGUGCCCUGGGCAGACUCAGCUGCCUGCGAUACGCUUCCCUGAAUCCGUGUGGCAGCGGAGCUAUUCCACUCACUCCACUAGGAAGCUUCCCUUUUUGGCACACUGUUUGGCAGGAAAGCUGUAGAGACAGGUGCAGUCAGAGCAGCCUGGGCACCAGCCACAAGUUUUACCGAACGUCAGAAGGCUGGAAGCACUUGCUGAGAACCAAAUGUACUCCACUGGAAAAGCCCUCCGUGGAGCUGUAAGCCUCUUGGACUCUUCCUCCUAGAUAUGGGUUUCCGUUUCCCUUCUUGUCCCCAUAAAAGAUGAUGAAAGCCACCAUAGAUCUUCGCUGCUGAGUGGCAGGGAGGGUUAGCACUCUCCAGUCACCGCUCCUCCGUGAUCUUAGAGCCAUGGCUGCAAGUCCCUAGGCUGUUAGCAUAGUGUUCUCUUCCUGGUGGAGCUGGAAGCAGAUGGACUCCAGCAGAGAAGCUAGAUCUUAGAAGGAGCGAUCCUUGGAGGUCAGAGGCUAGACCAGCAUUUGGAGGAAGCCUGGAGUGGACCGGAAAGAUCUCCAUUGGUUGCCCAAAGCUGUAAGUAGCAAUGGCCUUAGUGGUGCAUGCUCUAAGUCCUUCUGAAGCGUUGUGCAGGGCUGUGAGAAGUUAGCUCAGUCCAGCCCAUAGGAGACCCUUUGUCAGGUUGGAUUGGCAACAUCGGAACACCUUUAGAAAGGUUCCUGAUUGAAUUGGUUAUAGAAUUGAACGUUUGUAAUUUGCUACGCUGUUUUAUCGAUUAUAGUAUUGUCUGACUUCUCUAGUGUGAUUCCUUCAGCACACACGUUACUCUUGCACAUGUACUUAAGUGGUUUUUUUCAGCCACAACCUCUUAGGGUAGAGACUAUUUACCAAAUGUGAAUUCUUUUAAGAAAGUGUGAAGUUAUGUAGAAAUUGACUGUGAAAUGUCAGCGGGGGGAAAAAAUAAAAGUCACUUACUUGAAAACUA